AUGAACGUUAAUGUGGAAGUAGACGAGGGACAAGCGGUCUCCGGGGACCCGCGCCUGGGGUCUGGGGGUCGAGGGUUGGGGACUGGGCACCAGAUAAAUCUGUAUGGGAACGCCUCUCGGCGCUUCAUUCGUUCAGACAGCGAUUCAAAUUUAGUUAUCUGUGAUGAGGAAUUGUUAUCUCACUUGCUGUUUGCAUUCGAAUAG